CUUUUUUGUGUUGUGAAUUUUAUGGGAUUCCGUGCACAAAAUGUCUAAAAAGGAUUAUAAUAAUUUGAUAAAGGCUCUAGGCGAUAUGAACGAGUGUUUAUUUUGUGUAGAAUGCCAUCAAUUUUGUAAAAAUCCGGUGACGUUAAGCAAAUGUUUUCAUUUAAUAUGUUCUGAGCAUUUCCAAGAUUUAUCGCACUGUCCCAAGUGUAAAGUGCCUCUAAAUGAUUGUACAACUUGGUCAAACGAUAAACUGAACGAUGCAGUUGACGCCGCGAAGAACUUAUCGGCAAUGUUCGAGCUUUCGAAAGAAAAUAAGUCUUGUUAUUCUGUUGAAGAAUCUCCAGCUAAUAAGUUCACCGAAUCCUUGUCAGACACUCCUCUACAGAAUGUAGAAGCUCCGAAACGUACCCCCGCCGCCAAACAGGAUAUCUUAAAUAAUUCAUCAAUGUCUUUGGCUUCCAAUGUAUCCAAGUCAGGCAAAACGAUAGAGAAACGAAACAACAAAGGUGAGACAGCAUUACAUAUCGCCUGUAGACUGGGAAAAGCUGAUAAAGUAGCCAAACUGUUGAGUGAAGGGGCAAGUACGAAUACUAAAGAUAAUGCCGGAUGGACUCCGCUGCAUGAGGUGGUGCAGAACGGACGGCAGGACUUGGUUAAGCUUUUACUGCGGCACAAUACACUUGUCAAUGUCCCGGGGCAGGGCAAUGAGACUCCUCUACAUGAAGCCAUCCGCUACAACCAAAUAGCUAUUGCUAAAGACUUAGUUGCUCAUGGAGCUGAUAUUAACGCUAGAAACUGUAAGGGAGAGACACCUCUGACCCUCGCUACUCCUGAGAUAAAAGCACUUAUUAAAGAUAUUGCUGAGAAAAGAUUUAUUACAGAGGACAGUUUGGAUUCUGAUUUUAUCCAACGGCAGAUUGAGCUGGACCAUGAAGAUAUUAAGGUUUACUGUGUGUCACAUUCUCGCUCCGUUACCACCAAGUUGAAAGUUUUAACCAAACAUCACAGCAACCUAAAUAUUGAACAGAAAUUCAGUAAUAAAGUAACACAUCUUAUAGUUGACGCUGAAGAUGGCAUCUGUGACUCCAGCCUUGAAGUCCUACAAGGUAUUGUCAACAACCUAUGGAUAUUAACUACAAAAUGGGUGACUGCAUCUACUGAUGAUAACUUAGCAUCCUUUGAAGAGUAUGAAGUACUCGGUGUCGGUACAACUACAUACAGAGGCCCAAAAAAUGCUCGGUACAACAAAUAUAAGCAGCUGCCCGGAAUUUUUAACGGCUGUCACUUUUACUUCCACAGUUUUAAUACUAAAUAUAAGAUUUCAGAUAAAAUAGAAGUCACUAAAGCUAUUUUAAGUAAGCUGGUUAUGGAUGCAGGCGGAGUAGCCCUCAGACGAGCGCCGAACCCAGAGUCUAUACCAGAAGCAGAGAAGCUGGUGCCAUACCAUGCUCAGAGAGACGGCAAGCUGUACAACUGUUCACAUUACAUUAUAUACAAGGACAUGUAUGAGCCGCUCUACAACAUGGCACAUCUGAAGGCGCUGCCCAUCGGCUGGCUCAUUGAGUGCAUUGAGAAAUACCAGCUCUGUGAGCCUUGGUGAAAAUAGGGCAUAAGAGUCACUGUGUAUUA